ACUCCCAAGAUAUAUGAUGAAUUAAAAAAACCAACAUCAAACAACCCCAAAGAAAUCGAGGUAUGGAAGACUAUGGUGUGACAGAGACUGAGAAAGAAAAACUCCAUGAAACAGAGAGAGGUAAGAGAGAUCAUGAAAAAGAAGAAGGAGAUGAAGAGAGGCCAAGUGGGAUCAUAAACCACAUAAUCUCUAACCUGGUCUCUGGAGGAAGGGAAGGAGGAGGUGGUGGUGAUAAAGAAAUUGAUGGUGCAGAGAGAGGAGGAAAAGAGAAAGAAGAAAAGGAAGGUGGGCUUAUCACUCAUCUCAUCUCCAAGUUGGUCUCUCCUCCUUUGAAUGAAAAGAAAGUUGAAAGUUUUGAAGUUAAAGAUGAGAGUAGUAAUGGUGAUGGGAGUGAUUCUAAAUCAGAGGAGGGUGCAAGUGGUGGUCGGAUUAUCAAUAAUCUCAUCUCUAACCUUCUUCAUCGAAGUGAAGCUAAAGAAGGGAAAGAAGAUAAGAACAAUCAAAAUGAGAAACUAAAAGAUGUGAAAACAGAAGAGGAAGGUGGUGGAAAAGGAGGCAUCAUAGAUAACCUUGUUUCUUACUUGCCUACAAGCCUUGCAGAUGGUGUGGCACCACCAACCGAUGAGGCCUCUAUUCUUCUUCACUCCAUUGUCCAUGACUAAAAGAGCCAUGAUCAGGAUUCUGUAGAAAAGUGGUUUGAAUUUCAUUUGGAUUCAUGUAUUGGAUGGUGAUUGAAUUUGGGCAUUUUGGAUGGUACUUUUGAAUAUAUGGUUACAUAUUCAGGUGUAGAUUGUUUGGAUGGGAAGAAUUUUUAAUGCGUUUGGUUCGAAUUCUAACUGGUGGUUUUAGAUUCCAAUGAGAUUGGUUGAAAUCCGAUGAAGUGCACUUUAUUACUUGUUCAUGUACCUAAGUUGUUUUACAUUCAUUGUAUCUUGAUCUUUCGCGUACUCGUGAUAUAAUAGUGUUUCUCAUGAGUGUGAGUAAGCUAAAAAAUGAGUGAUUUGGUGCAAGAAGAAUGUGGUGAAUGUAAGAGUGUGAGAAAUUGACAAACUGUAACUUUCUUUUGGGAUUAUUAGAUUUGAUGAUAUGUGAUGUCUGUAGAUGUAAUUAUAAUUUUCCUAGUGUACAUAUUAUGGAUUUAUCUGAAUUAUCUUUUUUGAUUAA